UGUAGAGAUCCUGGACGAAGACAGAAGCUCCUGGCACUUCCUUAUUUCAAGAUGAACCGACAAUAACAAAAGGAAAGGAUCUUUUUUGAAGAGCCGUUCAUACAGAUUAGACUCGAAAAGAAUUUACCCGAGUGGAGGAUUACAAAAACCACAGCUGAGCUCGUGUUCAGCUCAUCGUGUGAGCGUGAGCUGUGUGCACAAAGAAACGAGUGAAAGUUUCUGUGGACUUCAAUGACGAGAGCGAUGAAAACCUUCUCCACCACAAACACCGUCUCACCUCCAAACACUUCCACUCUAUGCUGCACCACAAAAAUCAGCCAGAUGAACUCCACCGCCUGCCCCGAGUCCAAGUGGAUAGAUCAUGAUGCUCUGCAGAUCCCGUUGGCGGUGAUCUACUCUAUAAUCUUCAUCCUGGGUCUAGUUGGGAACUUGGUGGCUCUGUGGGUUUUCUUUUGUGUCCACUCUAAGAAGAACUCUGUGAGGGUGUUCCUAAUAAAUGCAGCGUUUGCAGACUUGCUGCUGGUGGCAUGUUUACCAUUCCGGGUUCUUUAUCACAGCCUGGGCAACAACUGGCACCUGGGUCCUACCUUCUGUAAAGUUGUGGGCCACCUCUUCUACAUGAAUAUGUAUAUCAGUGUCACGCUGCUGGGGCUGAUCAGCGUGGACCGCUACCUGAAGAUCAACCGUGUUGCUGGGACGCGGCACAGACUGCAUUCCAGGAAGUGGAGCAGCGUCCUCUGUGCAGUCAUCUGGAUCGCGUCCCUCACUUUGGCUUUGGUGUUUCUGAUAUCAAAGAGUGACCCUCAGCCAUGCAAUUUUUCCAGAUGUUUCCACUACAAGCCGCUCCAGGAUGCAAAGUGGAAGGCCUACAUCAACAUCUGUAUCCUGGUGAUCUUCUGGCUCGUUUUCAUCUCUUUGGUUGUGUCUUACGGAAAGAUCGCCCUCAAGCUUCUCAGGACAUCACAAGAGAAACCAGACCUGCCCAACGCUGCCCGCUACACCAGAACUGCCAAAAAGUCCUUCUUCAUCCUCUUCCUCUUCACAGUGUGUUUUGUCCCGUACCACAUGAUCCGACCGUUCUAUAUAAAAACUCAGAUCACAGACACGUCCCGGUAUUGGAGGCUAGUGGCUGACCAAGCCAAUGAGGUGGCUUUGUUACUCUCUGCCCUCAACAGCUGCUUGGAUCCCGUCAUGUAUUUCCUGUUGUCGUCUUCAGUGAGGAAGGAGGUGCUGCGCUUGGUGAGCAACAUGUGCUGUGGGCAAGACGUCAGAGUCAGUGGAAGCAGCUCCAGCGUCGAGUUUGAAGGUAGAAUUGGGAGAACGUACAGAGGGCAGGCAAACAGCAGUGACACCUGUGAAGCCGCUCUGAAUCAGUGAGACGUAAACGUGACUGAUGUUUAACAGCAGCGCUUGUACAGUGAAUGUGUCACUUUGCUAAAACUUUCUACGUUGACUGUGUCACGUUACCAGUUCAUUUGUUUACCUGCUGGAAUCAGAGUAGGUGAAUAAAACCUGUGUGCGUUCAGGUGGUUAUUAUAGAUCAGCUGAGACAGGGCGUGAUAUGAUAUAAUAAUAUGUAUUGUUGUAUUAUAAGUUGUAAUAUAUUUCAGUGAUCUGGCUAAUUU